CCCUAACUCACAACCUAACACAUAUUAGCGCUGCCUACAUUUCCCAUCGUCUACUUAGGGUGCAAAACGUGGUGCACCACUUAUUUGUGCUCGGGUGGACAACAAAUUACCUUCGCUGGUGGCGUUGCAGAGGACAAACAAAAAAGGUGUCCAACAUGUCCGUGGACUGGGUUGGAUAUGGAUAUGCCACUCUAGUCGCAUCCGGGGGAGUCAUUGGUUAUGUAAAAGCAGGCAGUGUCCCCUCACUUGCUGCCGGUCUUCUCUUUGGGGGACUUGCAGGAUUUGGUGCCUACCAAGUCUCCAAUGAUCCUAAUAAUGUUUGGGUUUCACUAGGCACAUCAGGAACUCUCGCUGCCAUCAUGGGAAAGAGGUUCUACGGAUCCAGGAAGGUCAUGCCGGCUGGUCUCAUAGCAGCAGCGAGUCUUCUGAUGGUGGGGAAGCUGGGGUUGGCGUUGCUCCAGAAACCAGCAGAGUCCUCCUGAAACACCUGUUCUGUUGGAUCCAACUCUCAGCGUCUGUCAUUGUUUUGUGUUUUAAAUAAAAAAUGUCAGUUUGAACUUGAAAUAUAACAUUUCCAAAAGAA